GUUAUCUCAUCUUGUCGCUCCCUAACUUUCUAACUUUCUGACUUUCUUCAUCGCAGUUCGCGUUUUAUUACCACUACAUACUCCUUUUUAAUAAAAUACCAACGUCUUUCACUUCAAUCUUGAGCGAACCGCCAUAUCCGACCGCGAAAUUCAAUAGUUCCCACAUUCAUUCAAUCCGAACUGACUCCGACACACCUCCCUAAUACCUCGUUAGCCCGAAGCCGUCAUCAUACUGUUGAUCUUCGAGUGGACUUCACUAAACUAGGCGCUCCAGACACCAUGGCGUCUCCUCCACGUGCUUACUCGCCUGCGGGCUCUCCACCGUAUUCUAGCGCGCAGUUGCCAUCGAAGAAGCGCGGCUCUGCAGCUGCUGAUCUAUCUGUUCAGCCGCCCUCUCUCAAGCGACGAAAAGCAUCUACUAUGUCCGUGGCCUCCGCAGGCUCAGCUCAUCCUCUACGACAGACCUCAUUCCCUCCCGACGAAUCGCAACCUCAAUCGUUCUCUCCCUCAUACCAACGGUCCCCAAGUAUCGAUACCAUGAGUCUCGUUAGUGGAAGUCAGGUCAGCGGCGCACCCGCGAAGAAAAAACGCGGUAGGAAGUCGAAAGCGGAACGAGCAAGCGAAGCGGCUGCUGAAGCUGUGCGAGAUGGAUCGCCGAGUGUUGUAGGAGGUCGCGCUGCGACAGUGCUUAGUGGCGUGAGUGGGAAUAAUGCAGGCAAAGAUGGCGACGCGGAUGGGAGGAAAGAGGAAGAGUUCGAGAUACCGGAGAACAUGGCCAGUAUGUCUGCUGCUCGUACCAAGGAGCAAAUAGAGGAAGAGAAGGAACUUAAUGCGCUCUUGAAGGCGCAGAUGGAUACUCAACAAUUCGAGCGUUACGAGGUUUGGCAUCGUCAGACUCUGAAAAACGCGGACGUCAAAAGACAUAUCAACAGUGUCACUUCCCAAUCCUGUCCGACCAACGUUCACCAGAUGAUGCAAGUCGUAUGCAAGAUGUACUUAGGAGAUAUCGUGGAAUCGGCACGCGAGAUACAAGAAGAAUGGGUACAACUAGGCGAAAAGCAAACCGACUUGUCGGACGACGAUCUCCAACCUACGAACGAGUUAUCGGAGUAUCGCCGGCAAGCCCCACUACGACCCGAACAUCUUCGAGAAGCCUACAGACGCCGCAAAGCUUCAUCUGAGAAUGGUGGAGCUCUGGGAAGCUUAAUGGUCUGGAAUCAGCAGACGCAGAACGGAGGCGAACGAUUUGCAGUGAGAGCAGGAGGGCGCCGCAUCUUUAGAUGAGUGGUGUUUCUUGGUUUCACGAUGAUUUAAACCUCCGGAGGCUACGAGCUUUCAAGACCAAUGGAGUGCGAGAGCGCACCGGCGAAGCAGCAGAGUGCCAGGUAUUUCGUCAGAUACGAAGGCGCUGAGGUUAUUAUGGAUUUUCCAUCUCGCACGGGUGAAGCGCACGCUUCUGCAGCCCGUGUUGACGAUGUUAUCAAGCCACUCUGGUGUGUCGGCGGGAUUGCGAUACUAAGUCAGUCGCCGCGAAUAUCGGCGGGAUAAGCAACUCGUACCUACUGUAUCACACCUCCGGCACUUAAGAAUAAGAUUGACUAAGAUGGAGAGUGAAUGUUGCGGUCUCGUACAGGGUCAGGCGAUACUAUAUAUGCGGACAUGUCGUCUACUAGAGUACUCUGAGGACGAAUUUCCCAUGGGAAUCUGUUGCCAAGGCUCUUACGAGUAAGGAUGCUUAGUAUGCAUUUGAGAAAGUAGUCAACCCUAAAGAUUAGCAUAAUGGGUCUCUUUGGGACUCAAUAUUAUCUGCAAUCCCAGCUGCUUUACUAGGUCAUAUCCAGUAUUAUACCACCGUGAUCAUACUAAUAACUCGAAUAAUGAACGAGAGUCAAUAAAAUUAUCUUCGCCCUCUGAUCGACCCGUUUUCCCUUAGCGGCCUCGAGGGGGCAAUCUGGC